AUGGGUUUUUUCAGCCUUGGCAAUUCCCAGAAUACAUACUUGGGAAUAUGGUACAAGAAAAUUUCUGUGAGGACUGUUGUAUGGGUUGCCAAUAGAGAAAUUCCACUUGUCAAUUUCUCAGGCAUCUUAACAGUACUUGACCCUGGAAUUCUUUCCCUUGUCAAUGGUACUAACAGUCUCAUUUGGUCACCCAAUGUGAUGUGGGUUGGAAGACAUACUGUUGCACAACUUAUGGAGUCAGGAAAUCUUGUUGUGAAAGAUGUGAAUGAUAAUAUUUUGUGGCAAAGCUUUGAUUAUCCGUGUGAUACUCUUUUACCAAGCAUGAAGCUUGGAAAGAAUUUUGUAACGGGCCAAGAGUGGCACCUCUCUUCAUGGAAGAGCAGUGAUGAUCCAGCUCAUGGUGAUUUUUCCUUUUGGUGUGAUCCCCAAGGAUAUCCACAACUUAUUUUGAGAAAUGGUUCCAUUGAGUUACAUCGAUUUGGACCAUGGAAUGGUAUCGGAUUCACUGGGAUUCCAAACGUUAAACCAAACCCCAUCUACAAAUAUGGAAUGGUUUAUACGAAUGAGGAGGUGUAUUAUGGUUAUGAACUCAUCAGCUUAGUUGUUUCGAGGCUUACUCUAAGUCAUGACGAUGUUAUACAACGUUGGAUAUGGAUUGAUCGAACACAAGAAUAG